CACGCCGCAGCCACGCAUAUCGCGAUGAAGAAGUCCAAAAUCACAGAUUUCGAUCCCGAGGAACUGCUCGACCCGGCGCCGAGCUCCAGCGACGCCGAGGAUGCCGAUUCUUCGGGCGCGGAGGACGACAACGCGGGCCGCGAGCAUUAUGCAGAUGUUGGAAAGAGCAAGCUCCGAAGGAAGGAGGUUGUUCCAUUGGGGCCCCAGUACACCGGCACCCAAGUCAGCCGCAAUGCUGUGGAAGACGAAGACAGCGACGACCCAUUCGCAAAGCGCUUCGACGAGGAUGGCAGUGGCAGCGAUGACGACGAGGAUAGCGAAGCCGAAUUCGAGAAUGGCGUAGCCCAAGAAUCGGGUUCCGGGAGCGACGAAGACGACGACGAGUCUGGAGACGAAGAGCAGGGUUUGGAUCAGAACGCCGAGGCUGACUCGGACAGCGCAUCAGACGACGAUGCGUCCGAGGAUGACGACACCAACGAUGCGGCUGAGACGAGGGCGCUCAUGAGCAAGAACAAGGAAGACGUGCGCGAGUUGAUGAAGGACCAGAAUUCGCUCGUCACCAGCCUCGCUGCCGCCGCGCAAUCCGACGUCGCCAAAGGCCAAGCGAUCAAAGCCCAGCGCAAGACAUUCGAUUCGUUCCUCAACACACGGGUGCGCUUGCAGAAGGCACUCAUCGCGACCAACUCCAUGGUCGCUGAGGACCACAAAGACGAAUCUGCACCUACUGCAUCUGUCGAGGCCGCCGAGGCCGCAGCGGUGCUGCUUCUGAACAAUCUUACGCGCCUCAGAGCAUCGAUUGAGGAGGCGCGUACGGGCGAAAAGCGAAAGCGAACCGCGUUUGGACCCUCCACUGCGUCGUCUGACAUUUGGGACAGAUUGUGCGCCCAAGAAAGUUCGGCAAAGAAGCAAAGAAGAGCUGUCAUGGAAAAGUGGUCUGCAAAGACACGGACUGCAAAGAUUGCGACUGCUCAAAGACAGCUAAACGUCAGCGCGGAGCAGACUUUGACCGAGGUCCUCGACUCCCAGCUCACUAACUCGACCCAUCUCGUCGCGCGAACACAGAUGCCUCGUUCCUGCGCCCCCAUCCAGUCGGCAUCGUCCAAGCCGUUGCCUGAUGUCAACAUCUAUGACGAUGCGGACUUCUACGGGCUCCUUCUGAAAGAGCUUCUUGAGCAGCGGUCCGCCGAACUUUCCAACAACGGCACAGCUGAGUUUGUCGUGCAGGCGCCGUGGCAGGUUGCGCGCGAAGCGAAGACGAGGAAGGUAGUCGACACAAAAGCUAGCAAAGGGCGACGACUGCGAUACACGGUGCACGAGAAGCUGCAGAACUUCAUGGCGCCGGAGCAAAGAGGGCUGUGGGGCGAGCGUCAGCGGGACGAGCUGUUCACCAGCCUCUUUGGACAGCGUCUUGCCCUAGGUGAGCAAGACGACGUCGUGAGUGAGGAGGAGGAUGCAGUGGAUGCCGCGGAGCAAGGGUUGAUGCUAUUCAGGAGCUAGAAACCGCUGUUGAAUCAUAUGUUGCGAUUUGUC